GUUCGAUGUCGCAAAGUUGCGCCACUACAGAGCGAGUGAGCAUUCAUUCAAUUUUACAAAGUAGAACAACAAAAGUCCGAGCAUAAAACUUUGCUUGACUCAUCCAGGAAGCAACCAAGAUUAGAAACAGCCUGCCCAAUUUGAGAAACAAAACAUUCGCGCCUCUUUCCACUUUCAACGCCACUGACAUUCAAAAGAAAGCAAGGGUAAAAAUCAAACAUGCAAUCGACAAGUCCAGACAACGCCAACCCCACCAUCCGGAGUAUCGCCAGUCUUCCAUCCCGCGGCAGGCGUUCAGAUUUCAGCCUGGACAAUUCUCCAGAAUCAAAGUACGACAACUUGCUGCUUUCCCGAAAUACAGCAUCGGACUACGGUCUCCCGGACGUCUUGGCCUGGUCAUCCGACAGCGACAGCGAUUAUGACUCCACCGACCGCGCCUCCCCUUUCCCCUCAUCAUCGUCACCAUCGUCAUCACUCUAUGCCGCUGAACCCAUCGAUGCCCUUGAAAUUUACACUCUGACCGCGUCCAUCUCGGACCCGGAACAUCCCCACACCCUGGGCCAGCUCUCCGUCAUCAAUCUACCGGACAUCCACGUGACCUCCAAUCACGUCCUGGUCGAGGUGACCCCUACCAUCACGCACUGCUCCCUGGCCACCGUCAUCGGGUUGGCAGUCCGAGUGCGCCUGGAGCAAGCCUUGCCGCCAGCCUACCGCGUCGAUGUGCGCAUGAAGCAGGGCUCCCACGCCCAGGACGACCAGGUCAACCGUCAACUGGCUGACAAGGAGCGCGUUGCCGCUGCGCUCGAGAAUGACAGCCUCAGGGGAAUGCUCGACAAGAUGAUGGAGACUUGCACCACUUGAAUUUAUUUAACUUUAAAUACAUUGCAUGAGAUUCCCCCUUAUGGUGGCAAAAUUAUUUUCUUCUUUCUUCCUUUGUUUCUUUCUUUGCUUUGCUCGUGGCUCAAACCUGCCCCUUUUUUAGAAGAAGGAAAUUUUUUUGUUAAAAGGGGCGUUUGAGGAACAAGAAAACUACGACAAAGCGAGAAAAAAAAACUAAUGAAAACACAAACUUCAGUUCCUCGGACCCAAUUCCACGAAUCAGUCUUCAACCCUUCAUAUACCCAAGUUCCAAGGGGGCCUGGGCUGCUCUCCCUCGGGUACAGGAGAACGUUGUCCUAUUGCGACAAUACAAGUGACAGCCUUGUACUCGAUCUACGACGAUUAAGUGGCGAUCACAAUCACCGAUCCAAUAAAGUGCCACAUCCGCUGUCAAGAACAGCCACGGCAAAACGGCCUGGAAUACUGCCGAGUGGAGAGCCCAUGCUGUCAUCAGCCCCUCCGCCUCCCUGGGAGGCUGGGGGUCGGGCAUCUUGAAUUAUUGUACAGCAACAAUUAAUGAACUGUCAUUAAACAAACAGUACAACUAGUCUGCACUACAGUAUUUAUUCUUCAACUGUUAAUUUAUCAUCGUUAAAAACAUCCAAAACCGUCGAACCGGUAAAGAGGCUCUGUGAUCAGCCAAGCUGCC